AUGUUUGAUCCUUCUUCAAAAUCGUUCAAUACCCAUUUGAUAUUCCCCAGAACGUUCGAUGAUCAUCAAGAUUCCGGCGUCUGUUCACCUCCUCUGUGGAAGAACAGUCCUCCCCACAUUCAAACCAAUCACCACAACCUCUCCGCCGUUUCCAAGGCUCAAGCCAUCGCUCGUGGUCAACGAGAGCUUAUGGAGAUGGUUAGCAAGAUGCCCGAGUCGUGCUACGAGCUCUCCUUGAAGGAUCUCGUCGAGGUGAAAACAGAGGAGGAGAAUGAUCGGAAGGUGUUCGACGAAAUGCCUCAGAGAAGGAAGAAACAGAGUAAAGGUGUGAGGAAGGUGAGGAGUGAUAGAUGGGUUGACCCGGUUCGAGGAAACAGUAGUGGGUUUCUUCUGAAAAUGGUGUUUCCUGUUAGCUUGGGUGGUAAGAAAAGGACGAAGAAGAGGGAUGAGGAUGAUUGUUCUGUGACGAGUAGAGGCUCUUGGGUUUCUCCGAGGGCUUCGGUUUCGGAGGAUAAAGAGUGGUGGAAGUCAGAGUCGAGUGGGAGUUUGAGAGGUGUGACGAGGAUCAAUAGUGGGAGCUCAAAGAGUAGUGUUGGUAGUAGCAGCAGAAGCAAUAGCGAUCGUAGCCGAAGCAGUCUAAGGGAUGAAAAGAGCGGAUGCUUAUCUUUCCUCUGGAGUGUAAAUUUACGAGAUUGAAACGAAAAUUUCUUCACUGGUUGUACAAGAUUACUGAUUCAUAUAACUGGAAUCCAGGAAUGGUGAAGAUGACAUGAACAUCUUCUUCAAUGUACAGCCGAAGAUUCUAUAUCCCUUUCUCCUCUUCUUCUUGUAGUUCCCCUUUCUUUGAGUUUUCUUUGUAAGCCUAUUGUCAAUAUUUGUCAUGUAUCUAUAUAGAGGCUAUGAUGAUAUGUUAUAUGUAGAUUGAUACUCCAGCUUGUGCUAACAUAAAC